AUGAUAUAUGCGCCGUUGAGCAAUACGGAUAUCAGGCUGCUUACCUUUGAAAGCGGGAAUGAGGAGUCUAUCAGUUGCUGCCUUCAUACAGUACCAUUCUCUCCAGACUUGAAUUAUACAGCAUUAUCAUAUCUCUGGGGAGAUCAGAGCACCAAGAAAAUGAUAACAGUAAACGGGCAUUUGUUUUCUGUUGGGAUCAAUUUGUACAAGGCAUUAGAAGACAUAUCCCGGCAAAGAUGGUUCCCUAAAGAUUCUCAUCUCUGGGUAGAUGCAAUUUGUAUCAACCAAGAUGAUAAUAGCGAGAAAUCCGAGCAAAUACCGCGGAUGGCACAUAUUUAUCGUUCGGCUUUUCAAGUUAUUGUUUCACUCAUAACGCCAGAAACCUUAACUGAAAAUGAUGUCAAGCUAUUAUGCGACCUAGCUGAUGGCCUAAAGCCCAUUCGAAACAACGUGUUUGACCCUGAUAAGCACAGGCAGUCUGUUGACGAAGAGUUCGGCGGAGACAGUUGGAGGCAACUUCCCUAUGCCUUAUUGAGGAAACUCACGAGCCUCCCAUGGUUCUCAAGAAUUUGGCUUUACUAUGUUGCCCAAGCAUUCUAUAAGCUCACCUUAAACCUAACUAAGGCGUCUAUCCUCCUAUUGUAUCUCCGCAUCUUCCUCCAGCGAUGGUUUAGGAUCUCAUGUUAUGUAUUACUGGGUAUAAUUUCGAGUUAUAUGCUGGCAACCGCUGCUUCGUCUAUAUGGCAGUGUACUCCAAUAAGUAGGGCCUGGGACAAGUCUGUACCGGGAACAUGCAUCAGUAUCACUAGAAACUGGUAUGCAAAUGCGGGCUUCUCGAUAGCUACGGAUAUUAUAAUCCUUGUGCUUCCUAUGCAGCCCAUUUUCCGGUCUAAUCUGCCGCCAAAGCAGAAAUGGGCGCUGAUGAUUGUGUUCGCUUUAGGGAUUUUCGUAACCAUAACGAGCAUCCUGCGCAUGCAGACAAUCGAUUUCUCGUCUACGAGCACUGACCCUACUUAUGAUGUUGCUUCUUCAACUUGGACAGUUAUCGAAGAGAAUGUUGCCAUAAUUUGUGCGUGUCUUCCUAUGUGCAAAGGACCGCUUAACUGGCUAUUUCCGUCGGUAUUCAUGUCGACAUCAAAGCGCGCCUCAUCUAGCUAUAAGCCGAGCCAACCGACGAAUAACUCUGGUCGGAAUUAUUGGGCCCCGAUUCGCGGUGAUAGCGAGAUGCUGAGCACGCGUGUGACAUCUGUCCAGGGAUCCGCCUACGUUUUAACCCCGCAACAAUGCCGCACAUUCCUACGACCUCAGCGACCAAUUCACCGAGCGGUUGAGAACCUCAAUGUCAGCCGCAUGCGCACGGAAUCCCACGACUACUACGUUCGGCGGCGAACUUUCCUUUUAUGCGGCGCAGUCUCGGGCUUAGUUGGGAUCUGUUACACCUCGUAUCUUCUCUACCUAAAGCUUCAGAAACCGACAAAGUUCGACAGCGGGUUACCGGAUAAGCUCGAUCCUUUCAGCACCGAAGCAGGUUCGAAGCGCAAAACGGUUAUCCACGACAAAGAUGGCAAAGAGCUUGUACCUACAGGAAAUAGUACUGUCCCUACAUUUCCGCGACUUCUUAACAUCGCACUUGGUGUUACAGAAGGACAGGAGAUGGCCAAUGGGGCAGAGUACACAUUAGUCGGCUUGGGCGUGAGGACAGUGAGCUUCUUAGGCAUUCAAGUGUAUAUGGUGGGAUAUUACAUCGCCACACAAGAUAUCGCUGCGCUACAGUCGCGCCUGGUCAAGGAGAUCAAUCCUAUCGCGACGACACUAGUGCCGAAUGAAAAGGACGAAUUGCGCAAGGCGCUGUUAGAUCCGGAGCGGGGAGAAAAGCUGUGGAACGACAUACUGCAGGACGUACGACCACGCUCGCUAUUCAGGGUUGUGCCGGUAAGAGAUACUGACUUCCAUCACUUAAGGGAUGGAUUUGUGCGAGCGAUCUCGGCGAGGUCACAAGGUAAUAGUCGUGAUUUUGGUGAUGAAAAUUUCGGCGAGGCUAUGAAGGACUUCCGAGGUUUAUUCAACCGAGGCAAGGUGCCGAAGGGGCGGGAAAUGCUGCUGGUUCGCGACACUGCUGGACAGUUGACGAUCACUUUCGACGAUGGCAAGGCCGGCAUGGGAACAAUUGGACGCGUCUCCGAUGAACGAGUAUCCCGAUUGCUGUGGCUUAACUAUCUAGCCGGCAGUAAAGUUGCAUCUGAACCGGCGAGGAAGAACAUUGUCGAGGGUAUCAUGGAGUUUGUAGAGAGACCAGUGGGCACGGUCGCCACACAGGUAGUAUGA